AUGAUUGAAAUCUUUGCAUGGAUUGUUAUUGUAAUUGUGCUCUCUCUUGUUGCUUCCUAUCAUUACUACAUGAAUAUCCGAUCUGAACAACCCUAUCUCAGGAAGGGCUCCGAAUCACUAGAAUCAAAGCCGAUUAAAAUUAUUCUUCAUGGACCUUGUGCUUCUGGAAAAUCAACUCAUUCUAAAGAAUUAUCAAAGUCGUUGAAUAUUCCAGUAAUUGAUUCCGAUUUUCACAGAUUUUAUCCAGCUCAUGAAUUUGAGUGGAAGAAUAAGAGUAGAGCAGAGUUUGUUGCAGCUGUUGAGAAGGAUAUGGAUCAAUAUAGAGAGAAAGGUUGGGUGUUUGAUGGCCGAGUGUUGCAAUUACCAUCUGUGGUGAGAGAGGCAAAUGUUUUGAUCAUGAUGGAUUAUGCACUCAUUGUUACCUAUUGGAGAUUGUUAGUAAGGUGUGUCAGUAGAUGUAUUUCAAAGACCAAGUGUUGUAAUGGGAAUGUUGAGAGAUGGACCAAUCAAUUGGGGAAGGACUCACUCUUUGUGUUUGAAUUCAGUUGUAUGGUAGAUGCUAAGAAACAAUCCUCAUCUUCAUAUUUUCAGAGUGCUUUCGCCACGAGAUAUGGAAGAUUUGUUAAAGAAACUUAA